CACACACACACACACACACACACACACACACACGCACGUGUCUUUAUGUGAUUGAUACCUGUCUCUUUGUGUCUGCGCCGUGGAUCUUUCCGGACUGAACUGUACCAGAACAUGGACUGACGGGCCACUCUCUGUUUGCUGCGGGUACUCCGUUUCCACAACCUAAAAAUAUGCUGUGAACGUCUUCCUCGUGGGUUCCCUUGGACCGACAGAAUGGCUGCGGAGCCCGGAUGCCAGAUGGAAACGUCACCCAUAGGGACAUCAUAAAGACAGAAAGAGAGACAGUAUUUCAUCCGGUGGCAGAUUCCUGUUUGCCACGCGUGGCCUCCUUCGCCCAUGGACCUCAGGGUGGGAGAGCGGGGGAUGCGCCCCGGCUCCGACACGGCGCUCCUCAGUCCGCUGCACCCGCCGCUGCUUCUCAGCCCGUUCUCCCCGCCGGCCCGCACCUCCUUCUCCCAGCAGCAGCUGCAGCAGCACAUCCGGUUCAAUAUGGAGCAGAGGCGGCGUGAACAGGAACACCAGGAGAAGCAUCAAGAACUGCAGCAGCUCAAAAACAAGGACAAGAGCCAACAAAGUGCAGUGGCCAGUUCACUGGUGAAACAGAAACUCCAGCAGGUGAUCUUGAAGAAGCAGAAGCAGGCGGCACUGGAAAGAACGAGCUCCAACCCUUUGGCUGUAACGCCAGUGGCAUACAGAAAACUGGGCCCAGACCCGAAUGUUCCGUCCCAACCUCUGGUCUCCUCUCCGUCACAGCCUUCCUCCGAGGGUUCAGAAAGAACGCCACUACGCAGGGCAGCGUCUGAGCCCAACCUGAAAGUGAAGCACAAGCUCAAGAAGCAUCUCAACACCCGAAAGAGCCCGCUCACCCGCAAAGAGAGCGCCCCGCCCACUGUCAGACACAGAGUACCUGAUACACUGGACUCCUCACCCAGCAGCAGCAGCACUCCAGCCUCAGGCUGCAGCUCGCCUAAUGACACUUUCCACAAUGAAAACGGGCUGCUGCCAUCUGCAGGCGGACUCUCGCAUGAGGCACAGAAGCUGCUGCUCAGAGACGGCACGCUGGCAAACUUCACCAUCCAGAGUCCUUCCACCCUGCCCACCAUCACACUGGGACUACCAGCCAAUGCCAGGGUUGAAGGAGAGCUGUCCCCUCUGAAAGUGGGUGGAGUGUCCAUGGUCACAGCCGGGGCCCCACAGGUGUGGUUGCCCCUGAGCAGAGAGGACCAAGCCGGGCAGCUCAGCCCUCGCCUCCCUGUUAUCAUCCUGGAGCCCUCUGGACUGGUGCAUGCUCCGCUCCUCUCUGUGCCGGGCCUGGAGUCUGUGCCGCUGCAGUUCGCCUCGCACUUGGACCAGCUGUCCCCGGGGGGCGCUCAGGCCCACAAGCCCCUGAGCCGAACGCGCUCGGAGCCCCUGCCGCAGAGCACGAGGGCCCUCCACACGCAGCUGCUCCAGCAGCACCACAACACGCAACUGCUGGAGAGAUUACAACAGCAGACUCACCUCGGCAAGCUCAUGUCCAAAUCCAGCGAGAAGCCCAGACUCCACCAGAUCCCCUCUGAGGACAUGGACUCAGAGGACGGCGGGGGGACGUCGCCGCCAGAGCCGGGCUAUCCAGGCAGAGUGCGGGCUGAUUCCAUCAGGGAGGCGGAGCCAGCAUCUUCAACAGGAUCCAGUAACCAAGAGCAGCUCAACUUACAACACGCACUCAUACUCAACCAGUCUUUGCUAUGGGAGCAGCAGAAGCAGCUGCAACAGUUGCACCGACAAAUGGAGACCCUGGCCGUCCCGAUGCUACGUAGCGGCGGAAGCGGUGCCGUUGGCGGCGCUCUGGGCGUCCACCGCCCCCUGUCGCGUGCGCAGUCCUCACCGGCCUCCACGUCUCUCACCCUGCCCGAAAACCCUCUGAGCCUGACCGGGCAGGAAGCAAGCAGCAAACCACGCUUCACCACUGGCUUGGUGUAUGACUCCCAGAUGCUGAAGCACCAGUGCACAUGUGGAGACAACAGCAGUCACCCCGAGCAUGCUGGGAGAAUCCAGAGCAUCUGGUCCCGACUACAAGAGAGAGGCCUGAGGGGCCAGUGUGAGAGCAUUCGCGGUCGUAAGGCCACCUUGGAAGAGCUGCAGUCCGUCCACAGUGAGCGCCACGUUUUGCUCUACGGCACCAACCCGCUCAACCGCCUCAAACUGGACAACCGCAAACUGGCAGGAAUCCUCUCUCAGAGGAUGUUCGUUAUGCUGCCGUGCGGAGGCGUCGGGGUGGACAACGACACCAUCUGGAACGAGUCGCACACGUCCACGGCGUCGCGCAUGGCCGCCGGCAGUGUUGUCGAGCUGGCGGUCAGAGUGGCCAAGGGUGAGCUCAAGAACGGCUUUGCUGUGGUCAGACCACCAGGGCACCAUGCUGACCCUUCCAACCCAAUGGGCUUCUGCUACUUUAACUCUGUGGCCAUCGCUGCCAAACAGCUCCAGCAGAAGCUCAGCGUCAGCAAAAUCCUCAUUGUGGAUUGGGAUGUUCACCACGGUAACGGCACCCAGGAGGUUUUCUACAACGACCCCAGCGUCCUCUACCUGUCGCUUCACCGCUACGACCACGGCAACUUCUUUCCUGGCAGCGGCUCACCGGCUGAGGUGGGGUCAGGCGCCGGGGAGGGCUUCAACGUGAACGUGGCGUGGACGGGAGGAUUGGAGCCUCCCAUGGGGGACGCGGAGUACCUUGCAGCGUUCAGGACCGUGGUGAUGCCCAUCGCCCAGGAGUUUUCCCCGGACGUGGUUCUGGUCUCAGCAGGUUUUGACGCUGCCGAGGGCAACCCUGCGCCUCUAGGAGGCUACAAGGUGUCUGCCAAAUGUUUCAGCUUUCUGACCCGCCAGUUGAUGUCCCUAGCAGGGGGUCGCCUGGUUUUGUCGCUGGAGGGGGGUCACGACCUCACCGCUAUCUGCGACGCGUCCGAGGCUUGCGUCAGUGCGCUGCUUGGUGCACAGGAUUCACUGUCAGAGGAGGUGCUGUUGCAGAAACCGAACGCUAACGCCGUCCGCUCCCUGCAGACGGUCAUACAAAUACAAAGUCAAUACUGGCCGAGUGUGAAGACUUCCAGCAGCUCAGUGGGUGUCUCCUACCUGCUCGCCCAGACUGGAGACUGCGAGGAAACAGAUGCUGUAAACGCUCUGGCCUCGCUCUCAGUGGGAGUUCUUUCCACCAAGAGCCUUCCAGAUGAGCCAAUGGAGCAUGACAGCGACUCCAUGUGACCCCCCCGCAUCACCUCUCUCAGCUCACCUUCAGGAAAGGAGGCGGGGCCCCCACGUGGGGGCCCCUGGACCUCCAGCACUGCUCGCAAAGCUUCCAUCCGCCCGUCCGCCUUACUCCGUACGUCUGAUGAUGUCAUACAAGCGCCUCAAUGCUGGGAACCAUUCAGCGGUAACCUCACCAAACCUCACCAAAGAGCAAUACGAGAUGUUGUUGUUAUGUCGACGGACUUUUUGACUGACAAGGAGUUGUGCCUUUUGUGCAGCACAACAAUGUUUCUCCUGGACGCACAAUGUUGCAGGUGCUGUCUCUCUUUGCCUUAACCUUAGGACCAACCACUUUGGAUCCCUUCCUUCUAUGCCACUUUGCCUUCCAAAAAAAAUACUAUUUUUGAAGCAACCCUGACAGGUGAAAGCACACACACACACACACAAGUAAGAAAAGCGGCAAUGGAGAAAACACACAACAUUUAAUGUCCUCCGUGUAUUUGAACCACUCUGAGACAAUGAUAAUACUUCCAUGCUUGAUUGCACUGUUCAUUCCUUACUGUGAAGUGUAAGCUCCUCCUCUCUUUAAAGAGUCGUCAUGGCGACGUCUUUUUACGAACUCCGAAUUGUUACAUACUGUGGAAUUGCGCUUACCGUGACUUAAUGCGCCGCUUAUGUACCACUGGUAUUGUUUUUUUUUUAAAAUAGAUGUUCAUUCCAUAGUGGACCAUUGUGAUACGUAGUAAUGAUCGCACUUCAACACAUCGCACAAGCAAGAGCCUGCGUGUUGUCGUUAAAGGCUUGAUUGGCAACAACAGGGACCAUGUCCUCCUGAGAGACCGUAUUUUCCCGUAUAUAAGCCACACCCACUCAACUUGAGGAGAAAACUCAUAUUUUUCUAUGUCCUAACCGCCCCGGACUAUAAAUACAAUGUGAGUUGAGGUAUUUAGUAGUCAGUGGUAUUCACUUUUGGUGAAUCUACAAAAACCGUAACAACACAAAAAGAAUGCCGGCGUUAGUUAAUACCAUACUUGCCAACCCUCCCGGAUUUUCCGGGAGACUCCCGAAAUUCAGCGCCUCUCCCGAAAACCUCCCGGGGACAAAUUUUCUCCCGAAAAACUCCCGAAAUUCAACAACAGUGUCUACCGUAAAGCAGUUCGUCUGCCGUAAACAGGCAAUGUUGUGACACUUUUAAACAGGACAAUACUGCCAUCUACUGUACAUGCAUAUGUGACCCACCCGUAAUGUGUCACAUUUGUGUGUUGAUUUAUUUAUUUUAUUUUGUGGUUUGAAUUCGUUUUUGGAGCUGUCAUUACACAUUUAUCAGUAUUCACAUUGGUCAGUAGGGGGGCAGUAGGGCGUUUCUUACCAAUUGAAUGCUAUCACCUGCAGACCGGAAGUGGCUUGUCAUUCUGAUGAGCGCGACCAGUCUGUGAACAAUUGGAACGUCCUGUGAGUGCUUUUUCCUCCUGUAUAACAGGUUAGUUUUGGUGAAUCAACUCACUGAAUAAAGUAAAGUUAAAGUUAAAGUACCAAUGAUUGUCACACACACACUAGGUGUGGCGAAAUUAUUCUCUGCAUUCGACCCAUCACCCUUGAUCACCCCCUGGGAGGUGAGGGGAGCAGUGGGCAUCAGCGGUGGCCGCGCCCGGGAAUCAUUUUGUGGUGAUUUAACCCCCAAUUGCAACCCUUGAUGCUGAGUGCCAAGCAGGGAGGUAAUGGGUCCCAUUUUUAUAGUCUUUUGUAUGACUCGGCCGGGGUUUGAACUCACAACCUACAGAUCUCAGGGCGGACUCUCUAACCACUAGGCCACUGAUAAUAUCCAUGUGAUCUUUAUAAGUUUAAGUACACAUUCUGAUGGUGGAGCCUAACUCUAAAGUGUUUGUGAGUUGUAGUUUGUAAAUGAACACUGAAAUUCAAGUAUUUAUUUUAUUUAUAUAUAUAUAUAUAUAUAUAUAUAUAUAUAUAUAUAUAUAUAGCUAGAAUUCACUGAAAGUCAAGUAUUUCUUAUAUAUAUAUAUAUAUAUAUAUGUCUUAAUAAGGUUAUCCAAAAAAUAGUGCUCGAUACCGUAGUAGAGCGCAAUAUAUGUAUGUGUGGGAAAAAAAAUCACAAGACUACUUCAUCUCUACAGGCC